AGACAACAACAGAGGGAUGAUGGGUGCUCUCACAGCCAGCCUGUCAGAGAAACAAUGAGAACCUCGUCUUUUUUUUAUGAACACUUUAUAUCCUCGCGUGUGAAGUAACGCAGCUCCGCCCCGGGACCGACUCAGAGCAAAGAGCGGUCUGCUUUUCUCUUCCUCACCAUGUUGGAGAGACACCACUAGAGCCGGAUGACUGGCUGGAGGAGCCGGACGCGCCCGAGUCCCAUGGGUGACGAUGCCGUGCGCACGUUGACCUUUGCCUGACCUCUGAUUGGUCAGGGCCGGGCGUCGAACAUAUCGUGAGAGAGAGAAGACUCGAGCUACCAUGUCGGUCCAGGAGGCGUCCCAGACGGCCUCGUCGCCUCCGCCCCUCAAACCCGAGGCCAAGCCCAGACCGGAGAUCGCCCCCAAGCCGUCACCACAAACCAGCGGCCCUCCCGCCGCGGGAGACCGAGGCGGUGGCGGCGGCGGCGGCGGCGGCGCGAGCAUUUCUGCCGGGAAGGUCAAGAGCAUCGUGAGCAAGUUCAGCAGAAAGGAGUCGGGCGAAGUGAACGAAGGACCCGCGAACGGAACCGCGGAGGUGCCGUCGAUUAAACGGUUCAAGAGGCCGCCGACGGUCAAGCCCAAACCGGACUGCGCCAGCCUGCAGCUUCAGCUCGGGGGGGAGAGGGCGCCGCCGCUGCCCGCCAAGAAGAGCCGCGUCGCCCUGAGGCGGAAAGGGAGUGGGGGGGAGGAGGAGGAGGGGGACGGCGUGGGCGUGGAAGGAGGUCGAUCAGCGCCAGACGGAAAAGAAGUGGAGAUCCGGCUGAUUGGAGGAGGCGAAGCGGAGGCGGAGCUCGGGCCGCACACGCCCCUCAGCCCGAGCUGCGAGCCCGGCUGCAGCUGCGUGUGUCACCUGCAGUGGCCCGGCAUGAAGCUGGUGUGGGUGCCCGUGGACACGGAGGAUGCGUGGGAGGGAGAGGAGGGAGAGGACGAGGAGGAGGAGGAGGAGGAGGCUGACGUGGAAGAGCACAGGACGGAGGAAGAGGAGGACUGGGAGGAGGACGCGGAGGUGGCGACGCGGGGGGACGAGGUGGACCGGAUGUCUGUGAUUGAUGAGCGUGACGUGCUGAAACAAGACAAGGUGAAGUUCCACCAUUGUCUGGAUGUUCUGAUCGCCGACGGCCACCGGAGGCUUUCGGACCCGGGGCCUCGCUCCGUCCUCGCCUUCCUCGCCGCCACUCGCUCUCAGUCUCCCCGGGUGCCCCCGAAACGGGCCCAGUCGCCACACGUCGCCUCACACGUCAGCGAGGAGGAGAACGUCUACGAGGCCACGCUCCCGGUGGGCAACCAGGCGCAGAGGAAGUCAAAGGAGCUGGACAUCCCUGUGAUCUUGGUACGCAAGCCCCCCCGCCAGUCUAGGCUGACCUACAGCGCCUCGGACCCGACGUCCGAGUUCCAGACGGACGGCGAGUCCAUCCCGAGCCCGGACGACGUGCCGCCCGCCGUCCCGCCGAGGAUGCCCGUGAUUCACGCGCCGGUCCACCGGGGCGUCGCCCUGCCCCAGGCCACGGCGGAGGAGUGGCGCAACUUGCGGCCCUCGUCCCCCGGCGGACUGAGCCCCCAGAUGGCCGGCGCUCCCACGCCACCCAGCCCCCACAGGCCGCCGCCCCCACCGCCCAAGACGGACCCCAGGAGGCUCAGCAGCGCCUCGAUGCAAUCGCUCACGCAGAAGAAAGAAGGAGAGGAGAACGGAGCGAGUGAAGGAGAGAAGGAGGACUCAGCCGAAGAACCGCGUCCAGUCAGGAGCGACUCCCUCCGGCGGGUGUCUUCGUUCAGCUGGGAGUCCCGGCUGCAGGACGAGCCGAUGUAUCAGACGUACCGCGCCACCGUCAUCACCAAGGAGAUCCGGCGCCAGACAGUGUGUCGCAACAUCAGCAAAACGAGCGUGGACUACGCCAUGGACUGGGCUGCUCGUCGCCCCGGGACCGGGACCGGUACCGGGACCGGGAAUGGAACGCCGAGGAGCAGCCCCGUGCCCGCGGGGUGCCAGAGCACCCUGUGGCAGGACCUCUCCACUGUGAGGGAGGGAGGGGUGCUGGAGCAGCUCACCCCGGAGCAGUGCAAGUACCAGGAGAGUAUGUUCGAGGUUUUGACAUCCGAGGCCUCGUAUCUUCGCUCACUGCGAGUUCUGACCGAACACUUCCUGAACAGCCGGGAGCUGGAGGACACGAUGAUCAUCAGAGACAGGAAGACCCUGUUCUCCAACAUCCACAAGAUCCAAGAGGUCAGCGAGAGGUUCUUGAAGGACCUGGAGGAUCGCAUAUUCAAGCACCUGGUCUUCCAGGACAUCUGUGACAUCAUCCACUACCACGCCCAGCACAACUUCCCGGCCUACAUUGACUACGUCCGCAACCAGAUCUACCAGGACAAGACCUACACCUCACUCUUGAAGAACAACGCGCAGUUCGCCACGGUCAUCACUCGUCUCCAAGAGUCGCCUCAGUGCCAGCGGCUGCCCUUCAUGUCCUUCUUGCUGCUGCCCUUCCAGAGAAUAACACGCAUCAAGAUGCUGCUGGAGAGCAUCCUGAAGAGAACAAAGGAGAAGACGAAAGAGGAGCAGGCGGCCUCCAAGGCUUUGACUUCGGUGUCCAAGAUCAUCGAGGAGUGUAACACACAGGUGGGGAAGAUGCGACAGAUGGAGGAGUUAUACCACAUCUCUCAAACACUGGAGUUUUACAAGCUCAAGGCCGUCCCGAUCAUCUCCCAGACGCGAUACCUGGAGAAGAAAGGGGAGCUGCAGGAAAUGUCCAAAGGAGGGACUAUCUUCAACAAGAGGUCAAAGUUCAACCCCAUCUACCUCUUCCUCUUCAAUGAUCUGCUCAUCAUCGCGGCCAAGAAAGGCACCGAGCGCUUCGUGGUAGUCGACCACGCCCACCGCUCUCUGGUGCAGGUGCAGUCGACGGAGGAGGGCGGGGGGGGCGGCGGCGCCUUGGAGCACUGCUUCAACCUCACACUGCUGGAAAACCACCAGGGCCGCAUGAUGGAGCGGCUGCUCAAAGCUCCCUCCCAGUCAGACAUGCACAGGUGGAUGGCGGCUUUCCCCAACCCGACGAACCCAGACAGAGAUGAGGAAGAAGUGAUUUAUGAGGACUGGGAUUGUCCUCAGGUGCAGUGCGUGGAGCAGUACAUUGCCCAGCAGACAGACGAGCUCGCCCUGGAGCCCACUGAGAUCGUCAACAUCGUCCGCAAAACCAAUGAGGGCUGCUUCCAAGGCAUCCGCCUGUCCGACGGCCAGAAGGGCUGGUUCCCCGCAGCCAACGUCAUCGAGAUCACCAACGAGCACGUGAGGCGGAGGAACCUCCGCGAGCGCUACCGAGUCAUGCAGGCGGCCAUGCCCCAGCAUCCUGCAGUAGGACGAAGGACGUUUACAGUUCAAUAG